AUGAUUCUGCACUACUGCCUUUUUUUUGCUCUCCUUUCCAGUGUUAUAACUAACUGUUACAGCAUACACUUGAAAAAACAGCUAAAGUAUAUCUCCCUCUCAAUUAAUGGAAAUCAAACCUCAAUUUCCUUUAUAAAAAGAAGCUUAAAUAGAAGGAAUUCUUUAAAUAGAAUUCACAGAUUGAAAUAUAACAAAAUUGGUAGUGAGGGAAAAACAGAGAAUAGUCAUUAUUAUACUUUAUAUGCACAUAAAAAAAAAAAGAAAAAAAAAAUAGAUAAAGUAGAAGAGCAUUUAAAAAAUCAACUAACAAAUAAAGGAGUGCAAAAGAAUAAGUGGGAGCAAGGAGAAGAGUACCAUGAAACACCAGACAACGAAGAUGAACAGGAAAUCGAAGCAGAGGAUGAGGAUGUAGAUGAAGAAGAAGAUGUAGAUAUAGGCAUAAACUUUGAUGUAGACGGUGCUGAGAUAUAUCCAAUGAGUCCUUAUGCAAGUGAAAAAAGGAGGAAAGAGAAAAACAGUAAAGCAAUGACAAAUGAUGGCGCAAACACUGGAGGAAUCACCAGACGAGAGGAUUCAUUUACACUUAAAAAUUAUAAAAUAAAAAAGAGUUUGAGGGAAUCUAUAAAAAUGGAUAACAAGGAUGAUAGUGAAGAUGCGGGGUAUUACGAACAGGAAGUUAAAAAACGUCAAACAGGUGAAAUCGGAGAAGGUAGUGAAGAAGAUAUUACUGAACAUAGCAUUGAGAAUAAUGGAAGUGAUGAUAGUGUUGAGGACAGAAGUGAUGGUACUGAUGGCCUUGAUGAUGACAGUAACGAGAAUGAUGAAACCAUCACUGAAGAAGACUUUGAAAAUCUAAACAGAAUGUGCAGUGAGAAAAUGAGCAAGGUGUACAAUUAUAUCAAAAGAGAAUCGUACAGAUUUAAUUUAAGUAACGUCUCUAGUGUUAUGUUUGAAGAUGAAAAGGUAAAAAUCAACGAACGAAUUUACACAAUUAGACAUAUAUGUCAUAUCAAGAAAAAAGAAAAUUUAUUUACUAUCACACCAUAUGAUUCUUAUUUUGUUAAUUUUAUUUAUCAACAUUUUGUAAAAGAAUAUAAUGAGUUAAAGUUUUACAUUAAAGAUAAAUCCGUUUAUGCUGUUGUACCUCCCAUAUCUGAAAAUUUAAAAAAUGAAAUUAAAAUUAAAAUAAAAAGCAAAAUUGACGAUGCUAAAGUAACCUUACGAAAUGUUAGAAAACAAUUGAUAGACAAAUUAGAAAAGAUCAAAAAUCAAAUAGGUAAGGACAUAUAUUUUAAGCAGAAAAAUUACAUACAAAGUUUGCACGAUCAGACUAAAAAACAAAUUGAGAAAUUAUUUGAAGAGUUUAAGUGA